AGGCGAGCGGGGAAGGGAGGAAGGAAGCGGGCGAGGGGAGGGAGGUCCCUGUUUUGGUGGAGCCGGGCGCGUCGCCGGCCCCCAAGUGGAGCGGGAGGGAGGCGCCUGGCGUUUCUCCGGCCCGGGGAGGUCCCGGCUUCCUGCGGAGGCUCCGGACCCAGCCCUUCAGCCGCGCGCCCCGGGUCGAUGUGCUGCUGUUAACCCCGAGGAGGCGGCGGCCGCGGAAGAUGGUGUUGCCGAGAGUGUUAAUUCUGCUCCUCUCCUGGGCGGCGGGGCUGGGAGGUCAGUAUGGAAACCCUCUAAACAAAUAUAUUAGACAUUAUGAAGGAUUAUCUUAUAAUGUGGACUCCCUACACCAAAAACACCAGCGUGCCAAAAGAGCAGUCUCGCACGAGGACCAGUUUUUACGUCUCGAUUUCCAUGCACUCGGAAGACAUUUCAAUCUACGAAUGAAGAGGGACACUUCCCUGUUUAGUGAUGAAUUUAAAGUAGAAACAUCAGAUAAAGUACUUGAUUAUGAUACCUCUCACAUUUACACUGGACAUAUUUAUGGUGAAGAAGGAAGUUUUAGCCAUGGGUCAGUGAUUGAUGGAAGAUUUGAAGGGUUCAUCCGGACUCACGGUGGCACAUUUUACAUCGAGCCAGCAGAGAGAUACAUUAAAGACCGAGCCCUGCCUUUCCACUCUGUCAUCUACCAUGAAGAUGACAUUAACUACCCUCACAAGUACGGGCCGCAGGGCGGCUGUGCCGACCACUCAGUGUUCGAGAGGAUGAAGCGGUACCAGAUGACGGGGGUGGAGGAAGCCACGCAGAAACCUCAAGAAGAACAUGCUCCCAAUGGCCCAGAACUCCUGAGGAAGAAACGUACGACUUUAGCUGAAAGAAAUACUUGUCAGCUUUAUAUUCAGACUGAUCACCUCUUCUAUAAAUACUACGGGACACGAGAAGCUGUGAUCGCCCAGAUAUCCAGUCAUGUCAAAGCGAUUGACACAAUUUACCAGACCACAGACUUCUCGGGAAUCCGAAACAUCAGUUUCAUGGUGAAACGCAUAAGAAUCAACACAACUGCGGAUGAGAAGGACCCCACAAACCCUUUCCGUUUCCCCAAUAUCGGCGUGGAGAAGUUUUUAGAGCUGAAUUCGGAGCAGAACCAUGACGACUACUGCUUGGCCUACGUCUUCACGGACCGGGACUUCGACGACGGGGUGCUCGGCCUGGCCUGGGUGGGGGCGCCCUCAGGAAGCUCUGGAGGAAUCUGUGAAAAAAGUAAGCUGUAUUCUGAUGGUAAGAAGAAGUCCCUGAACACUGGGAUUAUCACUGUCCAGAAUUACGGGUCUCACGUGCCUCCCAAAGUCUCUCACAUAACUUUUGCUCAUGAAGUUGGACAUAACUUUGGAUCUCCACAUGAUUCUGGAACAGAGUGCACACCAGGAGAGUCUAAGAACUUAGGACAAAAAGAGAACGGCAAUUACAUCAUGUACGCAAGAGCAACUUCUGGGGACAAACUUAACAACAAUAAAUUCUCACUGUGUAGUAUUAGAAAUAUAAGUCAAGUUCUAGAGAAGAAGAGAAACAACUGUUUUGUUGAGUCUGGCCAGCCCAUCUGUGGCAAUGGAAUGGUGGAGCAGGGUGAGGAGUGUGACUGCGGCUACAGUGACCAGUGCAAGGACGAGUGCUGCUUCGAUGCGAACCAGCCUGCGGGGAAGAAGUGCAAGCUGAAGCCGGGCAAGCACUGCAGUCCGAGUCAAGGUCCCUGCUGUACCGCACAGUGCACAUUCAAGCCCAAGGCUGAGAAGUGCCGGGACGACUCGGACUGCGCGAGGGAAGGGGUCUGUAAUGGCGUCUCGGCGCUGUGUCCCGCGUCCGACCCGAAGCCGAACUUCACAGACUGCAACAGGCACACGCAAGUGUGCAUUAAUGGGCAAUGUGCAGGCUCCAUCUGUGAGAAGUACGACCUGGAGGAGUGCACCUGUGCCAGUUCCGACGGCACAGACGAUAAGGAGCUGUGCCACGUCUGCUGCAUGAAGAAAAUGGAGCCCUCUACCUGUGCCAGCACAGGCUCUGUGCAGUGGAGCAAGCACUUCGGCGGGCGCACCAUCACCCUGCAGCCCGGCUCUCCUUGCAAUGAUUUCAGAGGCUACUGCGACGUCUUCAUGCGGUGCCGGUUAGUGGAUGCGGACGGUCCUCUGGCAAGACUUAAGAAAGCCAUUUUUAGUACACAGCUGUAUGAAAAUAUUGCCGAAUGGAUUGUGGCACACUGGUGGGCCGUGCUGCUCAUGGGGAUCGCGCUGAUCAUGCUGAUGGCCGGCUUCAUCAAGGUGUGCAGCGUGCACACGCCCAGCAGCAACCCGAAGCUGCCGCCCCCGAAGCCGCUCCCAGGCACUUUAAAGAGGAGGAGACCGCCCCAGCCCAUUCAGCAGCCGCAGCGCCAGCGGCCGCGGGAGAGCUAUCAGAUGGGACACAUGAGACGCUGACUGCGGCUUUGCCUUGGUUCUUCUAGUGCCUACAGUGGGAAACUUCACUCCAAAGAGAAACCUGUUCAGUCACCAUCUCCAGAUUAAGCCCUCACAAAUAGUAGUUGAAGACAAAAAUGGCAAGAGAUCUUGUCCUCAGACCUGGUGGAAUUACUUAAGUUCGAAAGCCUGAAAGCUCCAGUUUUGGGGGGUGGGGUGGAAAAGGAACCCAGUUUUCUUAUGGACAGCUAUUUUUAUCCUAAUGGCACAAGUCUGAGAAUACUAUCAUGUGCCCUGUGCUCCCUGUUCUUCAUUGCUGCAUUUUCUUCACUUGCAGUCAAACUUGGCUCUGGAUAAACUUCUAUCAAAAUUGAAAUAUAUAUAUUUUUUUCAACUGCCAGUCAAGGCGUGGAGGCUCGGCCACUCAACAUUGGAGACACCGCCUGCCAGUGUGCAUCCCUUGCUCUGUGCAGACAUGUAUUUAUUACGUGCACUGUACCUCUGUGUGCAAUGGUAACCAGGAAAUGCAAUAUGGAUGUUUCUUUGUAUUAUAAAAUUUCUCCGCUCUUAAUGAAAAAUUACUGAUUAAUUGACAUAUACUCAGGAUAACAGAGAAUGGUGGUAUUCAGUGGUCCAGGAUUCUGUAAUGCUUUAUACAGGCAGUUUUGAGAUGAGAAUCAAUGUACCUUUUUCUAACGACAGUCAGUUCUUAGGUCAUUUUCCUUUAUCCAGUUUUUGCUGUGUGUGCGCGCAGGACGGCGCUGAGGGCCACAGCCACGCGUCAUGCAGGUGGCAGGGCAGUGCCCUCCUGCCGGCUCUCUGGAAACAUCGGAUUUCUGCUUCUGUGGUUUAAGCUUUCUGAUCCAAUUCCAUUCUUUGAAUUGAUAGUUGAGAUUUUACUUAUGUUCUGGUAGGAAUUAUGUCUAUGAGAUGAUUCUUUUUAUUUGUAGCUCACUUGUGUUUUCCAUAUGUCUAAAAUAAUACUAAGUAUGUUUUUGUCUGAUAACGGAAAAGGAAAGCUGUGUCUUUGUCAGGGUUUCAGCAGGUUUUAGCAUACCAUCACUGAUCAUCGGUAACCACUAAGAGUGAGUAACGUGCUCAGCUCGUAGUUCAAGUUGUAGAUAGGCGUCUGCCAUGUUUUUCCCUUAAUUAUUGUAACUACAAUGAAGGUGAAACAGCACAAUGUCCCAUUCCAAGUUUAUUUUUUAAGCAGAUGUAAAUAAUUGGCUUUUUUAAAGAAAGAGAAAGCAAAAUAUUAACAGGCUUAUUGCUAUGCAGGAAGUGGAAGGGGCAUUACAAAACAGUUCAAGCUUGUGAUGUAUUUAUUGCUUCUGUUUCCCAGCUACAUUGCUUAAAUUAGAAGUAAACAGUAUGAUUUUCCUGGCUUCGCAUAGGAGGCAAAUUUAGGGGAAGUUGAAAUGAUUUCUGUGUUUUGGAUUUUUUUCUUUUUUCUUAAGAGUAUAAGGUUUACACAAUCAUUCUCAUAAUGUGACGCAAGCCAGCAAGGCCAAAAAUGCUAGAGAAAACAAUGGGAUCUCUUCCUGUAAACUUGUACAGUAUGUGGUGACUUUUUCAAAACACAGCUUUUUGUACAUGAUUUAGAGACAAAUUUUGUACAUGAAUCCCCAGAUAGACGAUAAUAAUUCUAAACAAACAAGUAGGUAGAAAUGUAAGAAACUGCUUUUAAAUCAUUUCAAUGCCUUUGUUUUUGGACUGUGCAAAGGUUGGAAGUGGGUUUGCCUUUCUACAGUGGUGACUUUUAUUCUGCAAGAGUUCUUAGUAACUUCUCGAACGUGGUAGACUUUGGAACAUGUACAUUUUUUUGCUUGUAUUGUUAUCCUGUGGUAGGGUUGUGGCAGGGGUACACUGCCUUAUUUUAUUUGGAGUCUUAAGUUAAAUGUUUUCUGAAAAGAUACGUGCACUGAACUCUUUCCACUGCAAAUCAAGAUGUGGUAAAAAUGAAAAGAUCAAGACAAAUGAGAUCUAAUACUACUGUCGAUUUAAUGUCCACUGUGUUUUAUACAGUAUCUUUUUUUGUUCACUUUGGAAAUUUUUACUAAAAAUUGCAAAAAAUAAAGUAUUGUGCAAAGAUGUAAGGUUUUUUGAAACUUGAAAUGCAUUAAUAAAUAGACUUGAAAACA